CUAAGGCGAACUGUAGCAUAAUGCCAUCCUGCGUACUUCUCCUGGCGUUUAUCUGUUUCGGAGUUCAGCUUGUCUUCUCGCAUGAAAAUGAGGCCUUGCUGGAAGAAAUAUCUACGGAGUGCAUGACGAAUGCCAGCCAGAAGACGUCUUUGUCGAUGCUAGACAGAAACAAUACGAUGCAGGUGAUCGUUGGAGCCCAAAUCGAGAUGUCAAAGUCUGGUAAGAAGCCUUCUUUGAAGACCGUGGCGGAGUACAGGAAGAAACUCUGGGAAAAGAUCGAAGGAGACUCCAGCAUCACAAACAAGGAACAAGCGAAAACAUUCGCCCAGGAUUUUGAAAGCUGCGCAAUGCAGGCUUUCGUCAGAACCGCGGCAAAAGCUUGCCGGUCCGAAGUGGAUGCAGCCAACGCGGGUGUGUUGUCUGAAGACGAGAUGAAGCAGUUGAAAAAGAUCGGUAUGGCAGCGUGGGACGAUGCCAGACAGGGAAAAGAAAUCGACGAUAAGGAAAUGGAGAAGAGGAUGUCCGCCGUCUUCAAAAACGAAAAGCUGGAAGCGGCCAAGAGGGUAUCGAAAGCCUGUGAGCAUUGUUUAGUGAAGUUCAUGGAGAAGGUCGACACGCCGAAAGAAUAGGCGUGCAAUCUGCGCCAGCGUUAGUGUUACCACAACCACCGAAGCAAAUAUUCCGCUAUUGUUUCACCCUUGAUACGGGGUCCGCAAGGGCUGAAU